CAAUGCACAGCCUCGGCCGGAAGAGCCUGACACUGACAACGAUCCCCACAGUCUCAUGUAACUUUAGAAAGUUGAAGAAAGUCAACUCGCCUGCAGCCAUGAGCAUCGGGUGUCUGAUCAGAGUCACAAAAUACCAGCUCCUGGGAAUUUGUAUCAUUGUCAUGGAAAUGAGGUUGAGGCGGGAUUUGCUUGAGUUACACAAGACUAUGCUACUUGGAGUUACAGUUGCUGCAGUGACCUUGUGGAUCUCCUUCAAUGAUGAGUUUUUUGUCAUCCGCAACAUCACAACUGAAACCAACCAAUACACUAGAUUUCAUGAACUUGCUGUCUACAGUGGCUUGUCUAUCAGCAUCUUUCUUGCUCUCCUGGGAAUCAUCUGUCUGAUUGGAAUUGUGAAAGAAUCAAAAUACUUGCUUACUGUGGUGCUGAUUUGCUUUGCUGUCCUGUUCUGUGGAGUGGUACAGAUGAUGUACUGGAAGUCUGCUUAUAAGCAUCUGGUGGAGAGUGCAGUGAAGGACGUGUAUGAUUUUCUAUAUGAUGAUUUCAUGAGAAACAGUUCCAUUAAUUCAAAACAGGAUUUGAUAGCCAUUCACUCAGCUUUUCUUUGCUGUGGAAAGAACUCAACAUUUAGUCACUACAGUAGUGUGGAGAAUGAAACAUGCUUUGCAGAAGGUACUCAUCUAAAGGAUUGUCUUCAGGCAGUGGAGAAUCGGAUCACUAGCCUCGUGAUUAUCAUUGAAGCACUGACACUAUUGGUGGGAACUGUGACGGUUCAUGGAAUGAUUCUGACUGCGUUCUUCUGCUUUGCUGGUUGCUUGGCCGAGGAUUGGCACACAAAAGGCAAAUACCAGGUGACAAAGCAAUAGCAAGCACCGAAGUGAAAUCAGAAACUAGGUGCUGGUCAGCCAGAAUGAGACACCCUGUGAAGUGAGUUUCUGGAUUUUGUGAAAGAUGUCACCUCUCAGAGCUCUGAUUCUCUGUGCUGAACGUUCUUAAAUACACGUUCUAAAGGAAGAUGAAUUAAUGCAUAACCACUUCACACUGAUCUGUUGUGAAAAAAUCCCAUGGGUCAGCCCCUCCUCACUGCAUUGUACCUAAAGAUUGUGCUUCUAAAGAGUGCUGAGCUUUGUUUCAUGCUGUUGUGGCAAGAAACUGUGAUAUUGUGAUCUGCCACCAGGUGAGUUUCCUUAAAAUACAAAUUUUGAAGCAGGAUAUGGUGUUCAAAAUUAAUGUCAAGAACCUCAGCAAUUUUUCUUACCGGGAUUGGCAGCUGGGAUGACAGAACAUAAGGAUGUAAGAACAGAAAUAGGCCAUUCAGCCCCUCAAAUUUGUCCGUACAAUGAGGUCUGCUAUUCACUUAAAUCCCUGAUGAUUUAUACCUCAACUCCAUCUACUUAUUGCGCCUCCAUAUCCAUUUAUAUUAUUGAUGGAUUUUAGCCAGACAACCACAGAAUAAAUUAUUAACCAAGCUAAAAACUUUUUGUGGGAGAGAGUUCCACAUUUCUGUGCCCCUUCAUGUGAUGAAGUAUAUUUUAACUUCUCUCCUGAAUGGUCUGGCUGUAACAUUAAGGUUUUGUUCCCUUGUCCCAGUCUGCUCCAUCAUUGAAAGAUGUGGAAGGCUGAUCGAUGAGCUUCCAUCUGUCAAGAUUGAUCUUCUUGAUAAACUUGUGUGGGAGGGUAGGAAGAACAAGCAUUUAGGCUGAAGAAGAGAUGAGGUAGGAGCUGGAAUGGGCAAUUAUAUUAAUGAUCAGAAUGAGCUGCUACGUUGAUGGAUAGAUAUUAGGAGCUGAAGAUGAAACUGUAGUCUUUUGAAAAUUCUUAUGAUGAGUUAAGUUGGAGCAGUGAUCAAACUGCCCCAUUAUCAUUACUCUGAAAUAGAAUUUGGUAGUAGUGUCCAAAAAACUUCUUUGAAGUGAAGGUCUGUGGUGUAUUAAUCAGGACCUGGAGUUUCGGCCUGCAAUGUGAUGUUUUCGUGUAAUUCAGCUAUUACUACUUCCUUUCUUUCAGUAUAUAUAAAGCAUCAUAAUUUUGGUGUCUGAGCAAAAUAUUUUUGUAACUGUGUACUUUUACUAUUAGUCCACAUCUUUAAUGUUGUUCUACUACUGUUCUCAUUGUUGACUCUUUCAGUGGCCUCACAGUCUCAUUCCCAUUCCACUGCAUCUCACUGAACCUAUUUGCUUCCCUUGCAUGUCACUAACAUUCUCGUUAAGCUGGAAUGUGAUAAUGGGAACUGCAGAUGCUGGAGAAUCCAAGAUAAUAAAAUGUGA